ACGGUUUGGGACGAGCAAUGAAGUCGACGUGCCUGUUCUUUUUUCUAACCACCUGUGUCCUUGAUUUCUAUGCUAAUGCAGCACCAAGUGGACCUUCACCGAGCGAAGUUAAAACCGGAUACAAGUUAGGAGGAUUUCCAGGAACAGCAGGCCUAACAGAAACCCUAGGGACAGGAAAAGAAGCAAUAGUGCCUGGAGCAAGAAGUCCAAAAGUAGGUAUUUCAAGUUCAAGAGCAGGUAGCCUAAGCGCCGGAGUUUUGGGAGCAGCCGGGCGAGGAACAGGAAACCUAGCAGCUGGAGGCGCAGGAGGAGUUGAGUUAGGAUUAGCAGGUAGCCUAGGAGCAGCAGGCCACGCAGCAGGAAGCUCAGCAGGAGGUAGCUUUGGAGUAGCAGGUCUAGGAGUAGACAACAGAGGAACAGGCGACACAGGAGGAAGCAGACUACAAGGAGGAGGCCAUGCAAAUAGCGGGGGAGUAGCCGGAGGCCUACAAUCAGGAGGAACAGGGCAAGCAGGCUAUGGAGCACGUGCACAAAGAGCUGUCCUCGGACAAUCCUCAGGGACUGGCUUGCAAUCAGUACCAUCGACAGCAGCUGGCAGUGGUUCCAAUGGCCCAAGAGACGUCACUGUAGGGAACACAGGACAUGGCUUAGCCGUUGGCCUGUCAGCUGGACAACAACAUCAUGGCCAGCAUAACGGUGCCGUCGGGAGCCUGCUGCAGCAAGGCCAAGGGUCCCAGAUGCUCCACCAGACGAGCCAAGGAUCUCAAGCAAAUGCUAAUGCAGCACCAAGUGGACAGUUACCGAGCGAAGUUAAAACCGGAAACAAGUUGGGAGGAUCGCCAGACACAGUAUUGACAGGAACAGCAGGCCCCGGUACAGUAUUCGUAGGAACAGGAGUCUCGGGAGUAGGAAGGCCUGGAGCGAGCGGUCAAGAAGCAGGAAGCUCAAUUACAAGAACAGGUAGCCUAAGCACCGGAGGCUUAAGAGCCGCGGGGCCAGCAUCAGGAAACCUAGUAGCAGGAGGCACAAGAGGAGGUGGCGUAGGAGUAGCAAGUAGCCUGGGAGCAGCAGGCCAAGCAGCAGGAAGCUUAGGAGGAGGUAGCUUUGGAGCCGCACGUCUAGGAGUAGGAAACACACGAACCGGCGGCGCAGGAGGCGGAAACCUACAAGCAGGGGGUCUAGCAAGAGGCGGGGCAGUAGGUGCAGGUCUACAAGCAGGAGUAACAAGACAAGUAGGCAACGGAGCACGUGCACAAGGAGCUGUCCUCGGACAGUCCUCAGAGACUGGCUUGCAAUCAGUACCAGCGAUAUCAGCGGGCAGUGGUUCCAAUGGCCCAAGACACGUCACGGUAGGAAGCGCAGGACAUGACUUAGCCGUAGGUCCGUCAGACGGCCAACAAGAACAUGGCCAACAUAACGGUGCCGUCGGGAUCGUGCUGCAACAAGGCCAAGGAUCGCAGACGCUCCAACAGACAAGCCAAGGAACUCAAGGAGGGGCAGCAUCUGCGGCGAGCACACAAGGCGAAGCGUCGUUAGGCACGCGACAGACAGGUCCAGGCCUUGGUUCCUCUGCUGCCUCGACCAGUAUCAGAGCAGGUCUACCAGUGCAGACAGGUCUGGGUAUUGAAGGAAUGGUCCCACAGGGAAGCAGUGCACUAGGUGGAGGUGGAGGUACGGCGGGUGGUACCUUGGUAUCAGGAGCACUCAGUGCUGGAUCACAUGAAGUUGGCAUAUUGCGAACCUCCUCAGCAGGACAUACAUAUGGAGGGGCAACAACAACUUUGCAAGGACAAACCACAUCUGGAAGUCAAAGCCAAUCAACGCAAGUCAAGCCAUCAGGACCUGCGCUACCUCUUCUGAAUGCACAAGCAGGUGCAUCACAAUCAACUAGACCACUGGGAAGUCAAGGCGGUGUGGGUCAAAUUUCGCCGCCAUCUCAAGAUAAAGAAGAAGUGUCUGGCGUAAAACAUUAUUCCAAAUAGAAUUGUAAAACUGGAAAGGUAAAACGUAUUUACUAUAAGAAGCCCUCACGGAAACUUUCAUGGAGCUCUAAAAGCGUAAAUGUGCGAGUAACGCACUCAUUUACAUUUGUUGCAUAAACAACACGCGCUUAUUUCCGCCUAUUUCAGGAAAACGGAAGCAUGGG